UCAAAAGCGGUAAACUUGAAAACCAAGAGAGAACUAUAUUAAUUUGCCGAUGAUAAAACGAGAUAAUAUCGAACGUUGUCUUGCCUGAGCUUGGAUAGAAUCUUGCAAGUAAAGAAAAGCAUUACAAAUUAUUGAACACUGUAUGUGAAAGAUGUCUCAUUUCAAGUUUGAAAGUGAUAUGAACAACUUGCUGAAAAUGGAUGCUCCUAUCACAAAGGGACCACCAAUGAGAUGGCAGAGAAAACAGAGUGAAGCUCUGGGUGCGUCAAUGAACUGCUCAAUCAGCAAUGUAUCUAUGAAUGGGAGCAUCUGCAAGACGCCCAUGAAGCCACUGAACAAAUCUCUGAGUAACAGUUUGCUCAUGGGCAGCAAAACCCCAUCGGGGACCAAUAAGACUCCAGGGCUUACUAAAACACCAGGUAAAAAUAAGACACCCAGCAGAGGCAGCAAAACACCCAAAACACCAAGUGGAGGUGAUCGGUUCAUACCAAAUAGAGGUGCUACACAGUUUGAUGUAGGCCAUUACAAACUAAUGACAGAAAAAUCAGUGGAGGAUGAGAUGUUAAGUCCAUCCAAAAGAGAGUACCAGAGGGCCAUGAAUGAAAAUCUAAAUGGUGAUGCAGCAAAUGCUAAAAUAAUUGCCUACAAAAAUAAAGCACCUCAAGCCCCUGAGGGAUACCAGAACAAUCUAAAGGUUUUGUACAGUAGCCAGAACAAAACUCCAGGAUCUUGCAAAAAGCCCACAAGGCAUAUCCCACAAGUGCCAGAGAGAAUACUGGAUGCCCCAGAGAUUUUGGAUGACUAUUAUCUAAAUCUGUUAGAUUGGUCUGUGAACAAUCACCUGGCUGUUGCCCUGGGUGGUCACGUCUACUUAUGGAAUGCAGGCUCAGGGGAGAUAGAGCAGUUGCUGGAACUGGAGAACCCAGAGGACUAUGUGUCUUCUGUGUCCUGGAUCAAGGAAGGGAACUACCUGGCAGUUGGUAAUAGUUCUAACGAAGUUCAGCUUUGGGAUGUACAGAACAUGAAACGUGUGAGAAACAUGACAGGUCAUGCUGCCAGAGUAGGAGCAUUAUCAUGGAAUUCAUACAUUUUGUCAAGUGGUUCUCGCAGUGGUGCUAUUCAUCAUCAUGAUGUCCGUGUCCCCCAUCACCAUAUUGCCACUCUCCUAGGACACACCCAGGAGGUGUGUGGGCUCAAGUGGUCUCCUGAUGGGCGGUUCCUGGCAAGUGGAGGGAAUGAUAACUUGUUGAACAUAUGGCAGGCAGAUAUGGGACAGUCUGAGCCUUCACCGGUCCUGACAUUCUCUCAGCACCAAGCUGCAGUAAAGGCUGUUGCAUGGUGCCCAUGGCAACCUAGUGUGCUGGCCAGUGGAGGUGGAACUGCUGACAGACACAUACGCUUCUGGAAUGUCAACACGGGGGCUUGUCUAAGCAGUGUAGAUACAAAAUCACAGGUGUGCUCUAUCCUCUGGUCCAAGGAAUACAAGGAGCUUGUAUCUGGACAUGGGUUUGCUCAAAAUCAACUUAUUAUUUGGAAAUAUCCAAGUAUGACAAAAGUAUCUGAGCUAACAGGGCACACAGCACGGGUUCUUCAUCUAUCCAUGUCACCUGACGGAAGCACAGUUGUAUCAGCUGCAGCAGACGAAACUCUUCGCCUGUGGAAGUGCUUUGAUGUGGAUGCAAAGAAAAAGAAGACUGCUGAAAAAAGCAGUGUUAAAAAGGGAACAAAUACCCUAAUGAGGCAAAGUAUUCGAUAGGAAUAUCUUUCCAUGGUUGCAGUAGGAAUACUGUUGUUUGUGAUAAAAAAAAUUGACUUGGUGCUGUAUGGCACACUUCAAAUUAUGACAAGGCUGAAUAAAUCCAUAAUCAGUUUGUUUUUAUAGAUUGAGAAAUCGGUUUCUUGACAGUGCAGGAAGAUUUUUUUAAGCAAAAUACUUAGACAUGUUUACUUUUUUAACUACUCUAUUGCUACUCAUUUUAAGAUUAUUUUUAAAGCUAUCAUGCCCUUUCAUUUUUAACAAUAACUUGAAUGAACAAAUAUUUGUGUAGUUUGUCAAUUAGACAUUCUUUUACCAUGUUUGAGUGAAAACAGAUGCUGUUCAAUAGCCAUUAAUGUGAUGUCUAAAAGGGUGCAUUAGUAAAAAAAGUAGGUGUGAAAGCAGAUAUGGGAAUCCUCUUAUGAUUUUAAAUGCAAUGAGGUGAGGUCUGUUGAAUGGAGGCUGAGUGAAUGUGUAUUUUUCCAUGAAUGAAUGUAAGACGAUGCAUUGUGCACCACCCAGGAAGGGUGCAACUUGAGAGCACAUAUUAGAACAAAUUAUUGAGACCCCUUUAAUUUCGUUGAAGCUUUUCUGUUGAAUGCAAGUGCAUUUUAAAUUGGCCUACUUAAAUGCAAGCAGACUACUACUGUUCAUGCAGAUUUGAACCAGUAAUAUUAGGUUUCAAGUUCUAAAUAUUAUCUUGAUACUUUUUUU